CCUCCCUCCCUCAAAUCAGCAUGCGCCACCCAAGCCCGCCUUCCCAUCCUUCAAAACCCCUUGGCUCGCACCACCAGCUAAUAACGGAGUACCCCUCCCACCGGCCCCGCCUAAAGCCUCCGCCUUUAAAGCGCACGAGCCCCCUCGCCUGGUUCGCCGCCAUCUGUUGCGCCCUCCUAUGGACCAUCAUCAUCCUCGGCGGCCUCGCCGUCCUCAUCAUCUACCUUCUCUUCCGCCCCCGCAACCCCCACCUCGAUAUCCAGCAAGCCACCCUCAAUGCCGCCUAUCUCGACAUCGACAUCGACAGUAAUACCACUCUGCUCAACGCCGAUCUCACCCUGCUCGCCAAUUUCUCCAACCCCAACCAUAAAGUUGACGUCGUCUUCACUCUGCUUGACCUUAGCCUUUACUUUGGGGACACGCUUGUGGCUGCUGCGGCGGUGGAUCCGUUCGCGGAGCGAAGGGGGGAGUCGGCGUUGAGGAGCGUGCAUAUGGUGGCGAGUCAGGUGGCGUUGCCGGAAAAGGAGGCGGAGGAGUGGAGGAUGCAGGAGGGGGAAGUGGUGGCGGGGAGUGGGGAGGGGAAGGGAGUGGUGAUGGAGUUGCGAGGAACGAUGAGGACGAGGUCGGUGUUGGGGGGAUUGUUGAGGUUUAGUUAUUGGUUGCAUGCUAGAUGUAGGAUGGUGAUGGGGGCGCCGCCGGGUGGGGCUCUUAGAGACGUCAGCUGUAGAACGAAGCGGUAGUUGUUUUGGGGGAGAAAUCUGUGAAUCAGAAGAUGGAUGAAUUUGGUUGUUUGUUUCAGUAGCUUGAGUUGUGCGAAAUUACAAAUGAUUUUUUUGUAAUAAGCAAUACUACAUGGAAAUUUGUCUGAAUCUCUGUGUCUUGCCUGAAAUUGGAAUGUAAAAAUACCUGCCAAGCACAAUUUUUUGCUGCAUGUAUUUGAAAGCAUGCAAUAGAUAUCAUAGAAUGUGAGCACCAUAUAUGCC